AUGUCAGAUUCUUCGUCUUCACCUUUAAGUACACCGUCACCGUCCUCCACCACUUCCACUCUAGACACGUCUCCGCUCUCGACGUCAACUGACUUCAGAAGUUCAUAUAUCUCUUCGUUAUACACCCACCCACGUCCAACCGAGACUACAGGGGUUUCGUUAGGCUGCCUAGUCAAUGCUUCCGUCACAGUGGUCCCCAACAAGGACGAUCCGCAACAUCCACCAAAUUAUAUUUACUUAUUUGGUGGCUUUGAUCAGUACACCGAUGAAGUGUAUAAUGAUCUAUAUAGAUUAAAUGUCGCAGAAAUGAAAUGGGAAGAUGUCAUCUAUGUGAAGGGCAAAAGGCCAUCAAAACGAAACGAUCACUCAGCAUCGUUGUGGAACGGAAAUAAACUCGUUAUAUUUGGUGGGAUGGACGAUGAAGAUGAAUACUGUAAUGAUGUCGUGAUAUUAGAUUUAGAAACGAUGACAUGGGAAAGACCGGAAGUGCGUGGCUAUAUUCCACAAGGACGAGCGAAGCACUCGGCCACAAUCUACAACGACAAGUUAUAUAUCGUCGGUGGUCACUCUGCUGACGGCAUCAUUGUCUCGGAAGAUGUUAAUUGUCUCGAUCUGGAGACUUGGACCUGGGAACCACCAUUUGCGUUCGAACCGCGUCAUUCGCAUUAUAGUUUUAUCUUUAACAAUAAGCUUUGUUUGUACGGUGGUUACACUGAAGAUCUUGAUCGAGAAAAGUCCCUAACGAUGAUGGAUCUAGACACAAAGACUGUAUCUAAAAUCGACAUUACGAGUGCAUCUGCUCCUGGCACUGCUGGACAACAUUUUGCUCAGCUAUGUGGAGAUAGACUUGUCGUAGUAGUAACAGAAUGCGUGAAGCAUGGUCUACUGCAAGUAUCAACUGGUGCAUGGGCACUCGAUAUGAAUACUUUCGAAUGGCGUCAGUAUCUGGGUGACGAACAAAUAAUCCAGGGUAACUGGCAUUAUUUUGCAAUGGGUGAGAAUAACCAAUGCUUAUUCUUGUUUGGCAACGGUGAUAAAGACGAGGAGCAUUACUUGUCUUGCGUGCUCUCGGUAGAUUUGCAAGAGUAUGGCCUUGUUCAUAUUCAACCACCAACAAUCGGGAUGGAUCUCGGACAGCUGUUUAAUGAAUUGGCAGUGUCCGAUUUUACCCUUCGUUCACUGGAGAAGGAUGCUCCUCCGAUAUAUUGUCACAAGAUCAUACUUCUUGCACGAUGGGCACAUUUUGCCAAGAUGCUUAAUUCAGGCAUGAUAGAAUCUUUCAGCAACACAUUUACUAUUCCCGAACCAUACAGCACAGUGCGUGCAUUCAUAUACUAUCUUUAUACAGACACUUUAGAAGACUAUCUACCGGUAGACACCAUAGCUGACCUUAUGGCAUUGGGGAAUUUAUAUCUGCUACCACGAUUAGUAUCGUUAUGCAGUAGCCGCAUACAUCAGAAAAUUGAUGUCGAGCAUGUAGCAAGAAUUUAUCAUCGUGCUACAAUGGCAGGAGAGAACGGUCUGAAGAAACGAGCCCUCAGAUUCAUGGACAUGAACUUCGGACGAGUUUCAAAAACCGAGGGAUUUAGAACAUUGCCCAAAGAAGUUCUUUUCGAUUUUUACGAUAGUUUACCAGAGAGGGCAAAAAUCAGCGUGGAAUGA